AUGGAAGACACUUUAACCGAACGAUCAAUCAAUGUCAAAUUUCGUUCUUCUAAUGGCGAUGCUUUCGAUAUGUGCUUUGAUCCUGGACAGUUGACUGUUCAACAACUAAAAGAGAGGCUUGUCACGCAAAUUUCUAUACCUGCAGAUAAUAUGCGUCUCGUUUACUCCGGAAGGGUGUUGAAGGAUGAGGAUAUGGUAGACCUAUACGGUGUAAAAGAAGGACAUACGAUACAUGUUGUUCGGGGAGCAGCUAACCGUGCAGCUGAACAAGCAGCAAAUGUGACACCGACUACAUCAACUCAAAGAAACGUUAAUGGGACGGCGACAAAUCCUUUCGGAAAUAAUCAUUUUGGAACCA